UUGUUGGCGAGGGAGCAAAUAUUCGCCAGAUGAAUAUAGCCUACGGCAGCCGAGUCCUAAAGCCGCGUUGACGAAUCUUCACGAGCGCACCGGCUCUUUUCCCUCGCGUGCGUCUUUUGGAUCGCUUGUAGAGCAACGCUGCGCCUCCAACUAAGAUAAUAAAACGUCAGAAAUGUAUAAUCAAACACAGGCAAACAAAAUUGUCAGGUAUGCUCUGCUGAAUAUUCAGCAGUUCAUCCCUGGUGAAACUGAUCGGGUAAUAAUAUUUAUUCUAUUGCAAUUAUUUUGCCCUAUUGAUUAUAUUCUAAUGUAAAACUUGAAGUGAUUUUUAUUCUAUUCUAUACGUACAAAUUUAAAGGGAUGUUCUAUUUUAGUCUGUCGCAUUUAAAGGAAUCGCACUGUAUAUUGUUUCCUGUCUGUAGUGUAAAUCAGAGGCUCGUGCGUCCUCCCCUUUAAAGAGCUUUGUGGAGUCGCAGGGAGGCCAAAUCUCCAGCUUCAAUGUGCUUCUCAUUCUUACACCGUCACAUUCACAUCGCUCGGGCUAAGCUUUUGCAUAAGAAGUCCUGGAGCCUCAGAUAUCCAUCCCAAUAUCAUGCAAAUGUUGGAUCAGGUUUUAAAAGCAUCUCUGGCACUGUCAUAUCUCGUCGUGAGAGGAUGAUCGCUGGAGCUCGCGCGCCUCUGGAUGCAGUGCGUGUAAAUGGAUGCGUGCGUGUAUGUGUCCUUGAGUUGAGCACCGCCAGGAUGGAAUGUUUCACCGAUGCAUGGCCGAUUGCAUCCUGAAGCAAAAGCUCAAAGAGAUAAAAUUAGAGUUCGUGUUUACGUUUGCAUCCAGAUGCGAUUUGCAUUGCUGGAAUACACUUCGUGGCUCUAAUGGAGGAGACGAGAUGAUAUAGUCACUGUGUGUGUGUGUGUGUGUGUGUUUUUUUUUUAGAGGAAUUCUUCAUUUGUGCUGUGCAUUAUCAGUUACGGUGAAGAUGCCUCGGAGUUUGCGCAGGCUGAUGCAUCUGGUGCUGCUCUGCCCUUUAUCGAAGGGCUUACAGGCCCAUUUGCCUGCAGUAAAGGUCAAGUACCUGUUGGUGGCAUGGUUUGGGAUUCUGGUGACCAGCUGGGUGAUCUACAUGCAAUAUUCCUCUUAUUCAGAGCUCUGCAGAGGACAUGUUUGUACCAUGCUCAUUUGUGAUCAUUACCGCAGGGGCAUCAUCUCGGGGUCAGUGUGUAAGUCUCUCUGUGAAGAAAAAACUCUUUCGCUUCAACACUGUCUUUCAACGUCACCUACACACCAGAUAUACAGUGCUGUAUGGAAGGAGAAAGCCAUACUGGUGAAGUGUGGGAUUGAAGAGAGUAUGAGAGGGGAGAACAGCCCUGACUCGCCACUGCGGCAUGACAGCAACCUCUUCGACAAACCCACCCGCGGAACAUCCAUAGAUGAAUUCAGAGCCAUGCUGCAUUCCUUCCUCAAGGACAGUGUCGGGGAGCAGUCGUCUCUUGGCACCCUUGUCACUCGUGUGAUUUCUCUGGCAGACGUUAACGGUGAUGGCAAAGUUUCGUUAGCGGAAGCUAAAUCUGUUUGGGCUUUGCUUCAGAUCAACGAAUUUGUUCUAAUGGUGGCACUACACGAUAAAGAACACGCUCCUCGCUUGCUGGGUUUCUGCGGUGACCUUUACGUGACCGAACGCAUAGCACAUAGUGCCCUUUUCAGACUGGAGGUUCCUGGCUGGCUGCAGCCUGUGUUUCCCGAGCCGCUGGGCGUGGCACUUAACCGAUGGCUCGCACCCGCAUGGCCACAGCGGGCCCGAAUCACUAUUGGCCUGCUAGAGUUCAUAGAAGAAGUUUUCCAUGGUGUGUACGGAAGCUUCUAUAUUUGUGACGCUAGCCCGCGACGGGUCGGCUACAAUGCUAAAUACGACUUUAAAAUGGCAGAUCUCCAAAGCCUAGCAUCUGAGGCAACCAUCAAGGGGUUUUUACGAGGAAGAACUUGCGAAGCAAAUGCAGAUUGCACAUAUGGACAGGAUUGUACAGCGACAUGUGACCGAUUAGCGAGGCAGUGCAAUGUGGAAGUGGUGCAGCCUAAUUUGGCUAAGAUGUGUGCGUUAAUGCAGGAUUUCCUGUUGUUUGGAGCACCUUUGGAUCUGAGAGAUGACCUGGAGAAACAGCUACGCACCUGUGUGACGCUCAGCGGACUUGCCUCGCAAAUGGAGGUACAUCAUUCCCUAGUUCUCAACAACCUGAAAACUCUACUGUGGAAGAAGAUCUCGAAUACCAAGUACUCUUGAGAGAUACCAAGUACUCAAAGAGAACGAUGACCAAGAGAAGGGCAACUAAAGAAACUAAACUAAAAGAAUGAAAGCAGGAACAAGAGAAAGUAAUAGAUGUAGGGUCAGGACAGAAGCUUCUGAAGGAUCAAAAGAAUAGCUGAACUGCCAGCCAUCAUGGACUUGAAAUUAUUUUAACAUCAAUCACUUUUGAGAGUGUUGAUAAGAAGUUACAGAAUGGAAGCCCAGAGUGGACAGUCACUACAUCCAUUCCUGCUUAAUUUUACUUGAGUGACUUAACUGAAGACCCUUUAACCUAUGAAAAUACCUUUGGAGGAUUUAGAGCACAUUAAUCUCACUUUAGAGCACAACAGUGCCCGUCCACUUUUUCAGCCAUCAUGGUUCCGAAAGUAUUUUUCCCAUUAAUUUCCUUCCAUUGGGAUUUCAUCAAAUCCUUCAUCAAAUAUUUCUGAGCCAUGAACCAAACCAGCCCUGAUGUGAAUCAUAACAUUAUAAACUGUGUUCUGAAGCAAAAGAACAGAUACAAUAAUGUGCACUUAAUGUCUGUAAUGAGGGAAUUACUGUAACUAUGAUCCCAUGAAGCAUUGCGAAUGACGUACUUGAAUGAAAAAUUAUGGAAACAUUUAGAUUUUAAAGGGCACCUAUUAUGGCAUUUAAAAUGUUCCUAAUAUUGUUUUGGGAGUCCCUAACAACAGUUUUACAUGCAUGCAAUGACAAAAAACACUUUUGUUGUCUUAUAAUAUGCAUUUAUGUUUACCUGAUUUGCUCACCGACUCCCAAAUGAUUCGUUCAACGACUCAUUUUUCCAAACCCCUCCUUUGCGUGACGCUAAUCUGCGGUGAUUGGUCAGAUGACCCAGUCAGUUGUGAUUGGUAUACUCUGUGCAGAGAUUGUCGGAAACGGAACGCCCAUCACCGCUUUGUAGUAAAAAAAUCAAAAUCAGAGAAGGAAUUUGAGUUGAUUUAUGUUAACGAUCAUAGCCCAAAGUUCGGUGGUAAACACCCAAUCAGUUAUUGUUUGCGUUAGCCGAACGCAUAAACAUAUUGAUAAAGCACUGCAUUACUACAAGUUAUUGCUCUCUAUUCUUUAUGACAACUCCAAUAACAUCGACAAACAUUUCACAUAUUUAAAAAAAAUUGACAUUGGAGACCUAGAAGCUGCUCUGAGCGUAACAUACACAAAACACACAAAUACCUAUUAAGCAUGCUAAAAAAACACAU